AUGGUCCUCACCCACUCGACGAACCACACGUACUCCCACCCCUUCCCGACCGUCACGCUCGCCUACUUCCUCCGCUACUCCUCCCCCAAGCUCAAUCCCUUCUCCACCCAUGUCCUCAGCACCGACACCAUCGACAGCCGCCUCGACCCGGCCACCGGCAGGCUGCACACCACGCGCAUCCACCUGAAGAAGUCCCGCAUGCCCGCGCCCGUCUUCAAGCUCCUUCCGGCAUCCAUCACCGGCGGUGGCUCCGCCGAAAAGGCGAGCUAUGUCCUCGAGACUUCAGUCGUCGACGUGCGCGAGGGCUGGAUGCGCACCGAGAGCCGCAACCUCAACUUCAUGAACGUCCUCUCCGUCAUCGAGAAGCAGGACUUCCGCCUUCCCGCCGAGGCCUCCGCCGAUGCGGCGACCGACGUCACGACCACCGUCAUCUACAGGUCCCGCCUCGGCGAGAGGCUCCGCGGCGGCAAGAAGGACCAGCUGCCACAGGCCGCCCCGGAGCAGCCGGAGCAGAAGGAGGGUCGCUGGAUGCCUGGAUGGAUGAGCGGGAUCGGUGCGCGGGGCAUCCAGCGCAGCAUCGAGAAUCUGGCCUCGAGCAAGACGCAGGAUCAGAUGGGCAAGAGCCGCGAGGGCAUGCGCGUUGUGCUUGAGCGGCUGAGAAAGAACGGAGUCGUCGGAGUGCUGGAGAUGAUGAGACGGGAACGCCAGUUGGCUUGA